CCAGUGACCGUAGCGGCUGAGGACACACCCCUGCGAAAGCGUCGCGCUCCCCUCCCGGGGACAUAAACACAGCGGGAGAGAGAAAGUGCGAGAUCUCAUCGUCAGCGCACCAGCUGAGCAGCACGCAGGUACUCUCCCACAGACCAGACCAACUCAAGCAUCCAUCAUGUCUUAUGCUUAUCCCAAGUCAUUCGUUCCCAAAACUGAUGUGAAGACUGGCAGCCCAAGCAAGGCCAUCGAGGACAGCAAGAAGAAAACCAACCUGCUGAAGGACAACAGCUGGAUCAAGAAGAACGUGGAGGAAGACGAGCCAGUGGACGAUGACCCCAACUUCGGCAAAGUAGUUCUGAGCCGCCUGAAAUCAAACGAAUAUCCUGACGAAAAGUCUUCAGAUAAUGACACCUCCAACACUGGCAGCUCAGGAACCCCUAAAAGCUCAAGCACCUCUGUGCAGUCUAUCACCAAAAAAUUCAGUGGAACUCAAGAGGUCAAGAGCUCAGCUCCUCCUAGUUACGACAAGGCAAUCGCCAGCAAGAGCGUGAACACUAAAGUCUCCGCUGAUGGCAAAACCACGGAAACCACGGAGACCACCAUCACCACCAGCAGGACUGCUGCCACCAAACAGACCUUCUCCGAGCGGGUCUUCUCAGACGUGAAGUCACCCAGCAAACCAAAACCCAGCUUCCUUCCGCCCAAACCGCCAAAGCCAAGCACUGACACCGAUGCGGCAAGCAGAAAGGGGACUUUGAGUGUUUCCAGCCCUAAGGCAUCCGAAUCGACAACGGUGACGACCUUCACGGAGACCGUCAAAAAAGACAGGACAUACUCUUCAUCAUCUCCAACUUCCUCCACCACCACCACCACCAGGACCAGGAGUGCCUCCAGCCCUAAACCAUCUGAAACAACCACUAUGCCCAUCUUCACCGAGCCUGCGAAAGAUAAGCCUUUGGAUGCCCUUGCUGAGGAUCUUAUUUCACUGCCAUCCAGCAGUGCGUACUCAUCCCAAGACAGGGAUUACAGCAGGACAUACUCUUCAUCAUCUCCAAAUUCCUCCACCAUCACCACCACCAGGACCAGCAGUGUCUCCAGCCCUAGACCAUCUGAAACAACCACUGUGACAUCCUACACCGAGCCUGCGAAAGAUAAGCCAUUGGAUGUUCUUUCUGAUGAUCUCAUUUCAAAGCCAUCCAGCAGUGCGUACUCAUCCCAAGACAGGGAUUACAGCAGGACAUACUCUUCAUCAUCUCCAAAUUCCUCCACCAUCACCACCACCAGGACCAGGAGUGUCUCCAGCCCUAGACCAUCUGAAACGACCACUGUGACAUCCUACACCGAUCCUGCGAAAGAUAAGCCAUUGGAUGUUCUUGCUGAUGAUUUCAUUUCAAUGCCAUCCAGCAGUGCGUACUCAUCCCAAGACAGGGAUUACAGCAGGACAUACUCUUCAUCAUCUCCAAAUUCCUCCACCAUCACCACCACCAGGACCAGGAGUGUCUCCAGCCCUAGACCAUCUGAAACAACCACUGUGACAUCCUACACAGAGACUGUGAAGGACAGGGAAUACAGGACAUAUUCUCCAUCUCCGGAUUCCAUCACCAGGAACAUCAGAACCUACAGCAGCAGCGAAUAUUCCCCAUCUGUGAGGACCAGCUCCUACAGCUCCUUAAACUCUGAGCCCAGCUACACAGAUGGGCUGUACAAAAGCAGAAGCUACACCAGCUUGCCCAGGGAGACCAGUUAUGAGUACUCCAGUUUGUCCAGCCCAUCAUCCUACACCAAAACAUCCUACCUGGAGAGCAGUCCUUCAGGGUCUUACUCUGACCUCGUCUCUAUGAAGUCAAGCAGCAGCGUCUACGCCAGCCCUGACAGGGCUAUCACUGCGAAGGACAUAUGCACCUACUGCAAUAAACCCAUGAGCAUCGACCCCAAAAUGAUCCUGGAUGACCUGCAGAUACACUGCCAUGCCACCUGCUUCAAGUGUGAGGUCUGCAGCACCUCCCUGGGGCACCUGAAGGCGGGGGACACCAUGUGGAUCUACCGUCGCACCGUGCACUGCGAGAGGUGCUUCGAGACCACCAGAGAUAAGUGGCGUCGCUGAUCACUGAUGAGCAGACGACUCAUAAUGAAACUGAAGCUCACCCAAAUGUAAAAGAAACAGAAA